UGUCAGACUGAUUAUUAGAUUGAGGGUUUGAUCACUGACCGGUCACGAAAUUUUCGAAAACUAUGCCUGGAAAAUACAAAAUUGUUAUGGUUCGCCAUGGCGAAAGUGAGUGGAAUCAGAAGAAUUUGUUUUGCGGAUGGUUCGACGCCGAUUUGAGUGAUGAGGGUCGCGAGGAGGCCGUUUCCGCCGGCAAGGCGUUGAAAGCCGAAGGCUACACGUUCGACAUCGCCCACACGUCGGUGUUGAAGCGAGCCCAGAACACGCUGAACUUGAUGCUGAAGGAGAUUAACCAGGCUGACCUGCCAGUUAGCAAGACUUGGAGACUUAACGAGAGGCACUACGGUGGACUCACCGGCCUUAACAAGGCCGAGACCGCCGCCAAAUAUGGAGAAGCUCAGGUCCAAAUCUGGAGACGCAGCUUCGACGUGCCCCCUCCCCCCAUGGAGAAGGACCACCCCUACUAUGACACCAUCGUGAAUGACCCCCGCUACGCUGGUGACCCAAAACCUAACGAGUUCCCGAUGUUCGAGAGCCUCAAACUCACUAUUGAGCGCACACUGCCAUACUGGAAUGAUGUUAUCGUGCCACAGAUCAAAGAAGGCAAGAAGAUUAUAAUCGCUGCUCACGGAAACAGCCUUCGAGGCAUUGUAAAGCAUUUAGAUGGUCUCAGCGACGCCGCCAUCAUGGAACUCAACCUGCCCACGGGCAUCCCGUUCGUGUACGAGUUGGACGAGGAUAUGAAGCCGACGGACUCCAUGCAGUUCCUCGGUGACGAGGAGACGGUCAAGAAGGCCAUGGCCGCCGUCGCCGCUCAGGGCAAGGCUAAGUAGAGAUUGGAACUUAUUCUUUUUGUGUAAGGUGUAUUGAGUUAUACCCGUGAUUUUAUUUAUUGAAUGUGAUGUGAUUUCAUUCGAAGUUUAAACGAGUGCAUCAACAUGUUGGUUUGAUAUUUUCGUGCCAGCAAAUUGACAAAUAAGUUAACUCAUUUGCGCUUUCUUCUACUCUUAAGGAUUUGUAAAGUUGAUGCACUUUUUUAUAAGCAGUCAAAAAUGACGUAGGACUAAAAGAUAUUCGUAAUCAGUGUAAGGCAAUAUUCGACAGAAUUCAGGCAAAGGAGUAAAUAAGCAUGAACUUUUAUCAGCCUGUCAUAGAUAUUUAGAUGUUUUUAUUCUAUAAGACAGGAAAUAGACAAUACAGACAUCUUUUUAUAAUACGUUUUGAUGUUGUUCUAUGUAUAAAUAAGUAACAAUCUCGAAUAGUUUGCCAUUGCACUGUCAAAAUAUUCUAAUAUAUGCUCUGAGGAUAAUAAAUUAAUCAUAUAUCACUGAAUAUGUAUAUGCAAGUCAUAUAACAAGUUGAAAUGUAGUAAUAAGAGUACUUUUAUUUAUUUAAUAGUAAUGAUUGUGAGAGUAAAAUAAACUGUUAUGAUGUAAA